CCUGGUCAUGUGAUAGUGCUUGUCUGGCAGAACCCUUUUGGUGCUGAGCAGAGAAACCAACUGUUUACUAUUUUGGGUGAAUGAGGUUGGUUGGUUGCUACGAGCAUUUUUUCUAAGGGAACCCUCUCUUCUUUUAGCUCUACACAUUGAAAUUAUCCUGGUCCUCCGUUUUGGCAUUUGGAUUAGAGGAGGGAAGUGUCAGUGUUUAGGCCCAGUGCUGAUAGGAAGAAAUGUUUUGCCAAGAGACUUGGUGAUUCUGACCUUCUGCUGUCACUGCUUUUAAUGCCCCACUCCUUCAGUAAACUUAGGAUCUAGCUGUUCUUGCAACAUUUUGUACUGCAGAAAUGAAGUAUUCACUUUAACCUAAAGAGCAAUGCUAAUCAGAUCUUCAGCAAAUGGCCUCUCAAGGAGUGAGGGAAGGAAGACUGGUUUCUUGCAAUAUUGGCAUCUGGAGUCUCACAUCUCUUCUAGCAUGCUGGAGGAGAAGACCAAGAUUCUUCAGCCCACCUGCAGGGUUCUGCCACUCUCAUGGAUUGUCCUGAAGCCAGGGAAGGACAGCUACUCAGCAGUGUGCCUGGCCCCUUAUCACAGUUUGCGGGAAGUGUUGCAGUUGAAGCUCCAGCAGCGCCGGACCCGGGAAGAACUAGUGAGCCAAGGGAUCAUGCCGCCUUUGAAAAGUCCAGCUGCAUUUCAUGAACAGAGAAGGAGCCUGGAGCGGGCCAGGACAGAGGACUAUCUGAAAAGGAAGAUUCGUUCCCGGCCGGAGAGAUCGGAGCUGGUCAGGAUGCAUAUUUUGGAAGAGACCUCGGCUGAGCCUUCCCUCCAGGCCAAGCAGCUAAAGCUGAAGAGAGCCAGAUUAGCUGAUGACCUGAAUGAGAAGAUUGCACAGAGGCCUGGCCCCAUGGAGCUGGUGGAGAAGAACAUCCUACCUGUAGAGUCCAGCCUGAAGGAAGCCAUUAUUGUGGGCCAGGUGAAUUACCCAAAGGUAGCAGACAGCUCUUCUUUCGAUGAGGACAGCAGCGAUGCCUUAUCCCCCGAGCAACCUGCCAGCCAUGAGUCCCAGGGUUCGGUGCCAUCACCCCUGGAGGCCCGAGUCAGCGAACCACUGCCCAGUGCCACUUCCGUGUCCCCCACUCAGGUUCUUCCUCAACUUCCAGUGGGUCCAGAUUCUGGAGAAGCACUUUUCCUUGCAGAGCAGCCUCCUCUGCCAACCCCACUUCUGCUGCCUCCCUGCCUCACCAAUGGAACUGUUGUCCCUACCGCCAAGCCUGCCCCUACGCUUAUUAAGCAAAGCCAACCCAAGUCUGCCAGCGAGAAGUCGCAGCGCAGCAAGAAGGCCAAGGAGCUGAAGCCAAAGGUGAAGAAGCUCAAGUACCACCAGUACAUCCCCCCGGACCAAAAGCAGGACAAGGGAGCGCCUGCCCUGGACUCCUCCUACGCCAGGAUCCUGCAGCAGCAGCAGCUUUUCCUGCAGCUGCAGAUCCUCAAUCAGCAGCAGCAGCAGCAGCAGCACUACAGCUACCAGGCCAUCCUGCCUGCCCCGCCCAAGCCAGCAGGUGAGGCUUUGGGAAGUGGUGGGGCCCCCCUGGCACGCAGCCUUUCCACCACCACCACCAGCUCCAGUUCGAGUGCCCCAGGACCCGGUGGGCUGGCACGUCAGAACAGUACUCCACUAACUGGCAAACCAGGAACCCUGCCAGCCAACUUGGAUGACAUGAAGGUGGCAGAGCUGAAGCAGGAGCUGAAGUUGCGGUCACUGCCUGUCUCAGGCACCAAGACAGAGCUGAUUGAACGCCUGCGUGCCUACCAAGACCAAGUCAGCCCAUCCCCAGCAGCUCCCAAGGCCCCUGCUGCCACUUCUGUUCUGUCUAAGGCUGGAGAGGUGGUGGUUGCCUUCCCAGCAGCCCGACUGAGCACAGGACCAGCCCUGGUGGCGGCAGGCCUAUCCCCAGCUGAGGUGGUGGUGGCCACAGUGACCAGCAAUGGUGUGGUGAAGUUUGGCAGCACAGGCUCCACACCCCCUGUCUCUCCCACCCCCUCUGAGCGCUCACUGCUCAGUACGGGUGACGAGAACUCCACACCUGGGGACACCUUUGGUGAGAUGAUAACAUCACCCCUGACACAGCUCACCCUUCAGGCCUCGCCCCUGCAGAUCCUUGUGAAGGAGGAAGGUUCUCGUGCUGCACCCUGCUGCCUGAGCCCAGGCAUGCGGGCUGAGCUGGAGGGGCUAGACAAAGACCAGAUGCUACAGGAGAAGGACAAGCAGAUUGAGGAGCUGACUCGUAUGCUCCGGCAGAAACAGCAGCUGGUGGAGCUUCUCCGGCUACAGCUGGAGCAAGAGAAACGGGCCCAGCAGCCCACCCCUGCCACAGCUGGGGACACCACUGUGAAGCAGGAGAGCAGCUUCUCCAGCUGCCAGCUGAGCCACCAGCCCCAGGGCUCUGCUCUCCCCUUCAGCUCCCCGCUGGUAGCACCUACUGCCAACCACGGAGACACUCGUGCCCCAGCCGUGGUGGUGAAGCAGGAAGUGGGGCCUCCUGAGCCUGAGCAGACCCCCAGCUCUCCACUGCUGCUGGGUCCACAGCAGGGCACCAGCCUCCUCAAGGGGGUCACCCCUCCCACCCUCAUCACUGACCCCACAGGGACCCACCUUGUCCUCACCAUGACCAAUAAGAAUACAGAUGGCUCUGGUCUGCCAAGUGGGAGCCCCCGGCAGCCUUUGUCCCAGCCUGGCUCUCCAGCCCCUGGCCCACCUGCCCAGAUGGACCUGGAGCACCCUCCGCAGCCCCCCUUUGGAGCCCCCACUUCUCUGCUGAAGAAGGAGCCACCUGGCUAUGAGGAGGCCAUGACCCAGCAGCCCAAACAGCAGGAGAACAGCUCCUCAAGCCAGCAUAUGGAUGACCUGUUUGACAUUCUUAUUCAGAGCGGAGAAAUUUCAGCUGAUUUCAAGGAGCCAUCAUCCCUUCCUGGGAAGGAGAAGCCGCCCUCAGCAGCAGCCUGUGGGUCCCCCCUGACAGCACAGACCUCACCCUCCACCAAGCUCUCCCAGAGUGCCCCGCCUCCACCAGGCUCUCCCUCUCUCCCAGGGCGUCUGGAGGACUUCCUGGAGAGCAGCACAGGGUUGCCCCUGCUGACCAGUGGGCAUGAAGGGCCAGAGCCCCUUUCCCUCAUUGAUGACCUCCACAGCCAGAUGCUGAGCAGCUCUGCCAUCCUGGACCACCCCCCGUCACCCAUGGACACCUCAGAAUUGCACUUUGCCCCUGAGCCCAGCAGUGGCAUGGGCCUGGGCCUGGACCUGGCCGAUGGCCACCUAGACAGCAUGGACUGGCUAGAACUGUCGUCAGGUGGCCCAGUGCUCAGCCUGGCUCCACUCAGCACCACAGCCCCCAGCCUCUUCUCCACGGACUUCCUCGAUGGCCACGAUUUGCAGCUACACUGGGAUUCCUGCUUGUAGUCCUCUUGACUCCAGAGACGGGGUAGGGAGGGCUGGAAGCUGAGAAGUCACAGAACUGUAUCUAGUGUGGCACUGUAUGUGGUUGUGAGUAUUGACAAUCACAGUCCUUGUUCUUUCCUGUCCCUGGAGGCUAGAGAAGAGGGCCCCAAUGUCCAGCUCAGGAGUGCCCAGGGCUGAGGACAGAAGCUGUCCAGCAGCAACUCUGGGUCCCAUGCCAGGGUCAGUUCAAUUCGACCUCCUUUUCUGAGGUCAGAGGUGCACAGCUGGCUUUAGUUUGGCUGGGGCGAGUCACAGGCCAACUGUCCCCCUUUCACUGUGAGGGAAUAAACUAGCUUGGACUCUUCUCCCCAGGUCUCAGCUUUUGAGGCUUCCUGAAAGAGGGCUCUUUGCCAGUUCAGUGACUUGGUGUAGUAUAACCCUUUUAGUGGUUGGUGGCAAAAAUUUUCUGUACAGGUGUAUAUAUACCUCUAUAUUAUAUGUCAACGUACCUAACGUGGUGAGAGGUGGGUGCAGCUCCCUUCCCCUCACACACAGAAAGCCUGGAGGGCUGAAACUGCUGGGGGCUGGAUGCAGGGGCCCCUUAGCUGUGUGACCAGCCUGACAUGCAGCUACCCAGGCCUACUCCUCACGUGUGCUUGAACAUGUAGACACCCUGCCAUGACCUGCACCCCACCUGCCCUGUUCCUGGCUCCUUAGUGCCACAGCAGAGGUGCUUCCUGGACCUCCCUCCAGGAACUCCACCUGCCCACAUUCCAUCGCCUCACUGUAGCCAACAUGGUCCUGGGAGAGGAACACCAUUUCUAGAUGGCAAGGAAACUGGCCACCUCCUGCCCUAGGGCCACAGGCUUCCUUCUGGCCUGAUUCAUUAAAGAGUAGGGAUGGCAUCACCAAAACUACUGCUGGGACAAAGGUGGGGAAACAACUGUGUGAACUUUUUAAAAUAAAAAAAAAAAUGCUGACUUUGUCA